AAAGUAUAAAUAGUCCCACCCGCCUUUUUCAGGCAUUUCAUUCUCACCAGACUCAUAAAAGUCGGCUUGUGAGAGCGCUAUUAACAGAAAACCUACGAUUUCCAUCUCCUCGUAUUUUUUGUAACAAAACGUUUGAAAAUGCGUGAGUGCAUCUCUAUCCACGUUGGUCAAGCUGGAGUCCAGAUCGGCAAUGCCUGCUGGGAACUCUAUUGUCUUGAGCACGGCAUCCAGCCGGAUGGACAGAUGCCCAGUGACAAGACUAUUGGAGGAGGGGAUGACUCCUUCAACACCUUCUUCAGUGAGACCGGAGCUGGAAAGCACGUCCCCAGGGCUGUGUUUGUAGACCUGGAGCCCACUGUCAUUGAUGAGGUGCGCACUGGUACAUACCGUCAGCUGUUCCACCCUGAACAGCUCAUCACUGGAAAGGAAGAUGCUGCCAAUAACUAUGCCCGUGGUCACUACACUAUUGGAAAAGAACUCAUUGAUCUUGUUUUGGACAGAAUUCGCAAAUUGGCUGACCAGUGCACAGGCCUCCAGGGUUUCCUGGUGUUCCACAGCUUUGGUGGUGGAACCGGUUCUGGCUUCACCUCUCUGCUGAUGGAGCGUCUGUCUGUGGACUAUGGCAAGAAGUCCAAGCUGGAGUUCUCCAUCUACCCCGCUCCUCAGGUUUCCACUGCUGUGGUAGAGCCUUACAACUCCAUCCUGACCACCCACACCACCCUAGAGCACUCUGACUGUGCCUUCAUGGUAGACAAUGAGGCCAUUUACGAUAUCUGCCGUAGGAACCUCGACAUUGAGCGUCCUUCUUACACCAAUCUCAACAGGCUGAUCAGUCAGAUCGUGUCCUCCAUCACAGCCUCCCUCAGGUUUGAUGGUGCCCUCAAUGUUGAUCUUACAGAAUUCCAGACCAACUUGGUGCCCUAUCCUCGUAUCCACUUCCCAUUGGCUACCUAUGCCCCAGUGAUCUCCGCAGAGAAGGCUUACCAUGAGCAGCUCUCUGUGUCCGAAAUCACUAAUGCUUGCUUCGAGCCAGCAAAUCAGAUGGUGAAAUGCGACCCACGUCAUGGCAAAUACAUGGCUUGCUGCCUGCUGUACCGUGGUGACGUGGUGCCCAAAGACGUGAACGCCGCAAUCGCCACCAUCAAGACCAAGCGUACCAUCCAGUUUGUGGACUGGUGUCCCACUGGCUUCAAGGUUGGCAUCAACUACCAGCCUCCCACUGUGGUUCCAGGUGGGGAUCUGGCUAAAGUGCAGAGGGCUGUGUGCAUGUUGAGCAACACCACAGCUAUUGCUGAGGCCUGGGCUCGUCUCGAUCAUAAGUUCGAUCUGAUGUAUGCCAAGCGUGCCUUUGUGCACUGGUAUGUGGGUGAGGGUAUGGAGGAGGGCGAGUUCUCAGAGGCCAGAGAGGACAUGGCUGCCCUGGAGAAAGAUUAUGAGGAGGUUGGGGCUGAGAGUGUGGAAGAAGAUGAAGGUGAAGAAUAUUAGAAAUUCUUUUGACUUCCACUACCUGGUUUCCUGUCCGUUGUCAUUUUUGUGUGCUGCUUUUCCUCACUUUCCAGUUGUCAUCUGGUUAAAAGGUCAAUCUUUAAUUUUUUUUUUCUUGGAAAGAAAAUAAAAUGUUAUGAUAUUUA